AGAGAAACAAGACAUCGAAGAAAGUCGGGAUGUGCUAACAAAGGAGAGAGAGGAGCUGGAACAAAUGAGGAAUGAGACACAGCAACAGAGAGAGGAGACAGAAUCUCACAUGGAAGACCAAAGGAAAGAGAAAGAACAUUUGGAACAAAUGACGAUGGACAUGAAAAAACAGUUGCUAGAGGUGGAUAAUGACAAGGAAAUGAUAGAAAGCUCAAUGGGUGAACUGAGAGUGAAAGAGGCAGAAAUGGUGAGAGAAAAGGAGAACAUGGAAAAGAAGAUGGCUAGACUCAAAGAGGAAGAGGAUAGAAUGCGGGAAGAAAUAGGAAGGAAGAUGGACAACUUAAAGCAGGACAGUUAUGAAAUCAAAAGACUUAGAGAUGAAAUUGACAGUGAAAAGAACCAACUGAAUGCAAAAUUGCUUGAGUUGGAAAAAAUGCGUGAAGAACUAGAUAGAGAGAAGAAGGAAGUGAAAGACAAGAAGGAUGAAACACUGAAAGAAAAAGAUCAGUUGGAAGAGAGGCGAGGUAAGAUAAGUAAGGAGAAAGAGGAAUUGGAUAUCAGUCUUGAACUGAUGAAAAGACAAAGGGAAGACUUGACGAGCUUGAAGGCUGAAGCAGAAGCACAGACCGAGCCUAUGGAAAAUGACUGGAAGGAACAGCUCACGAAGGAAAGACAACAACUUGAAGAUGUAAAGGAGGAGAUACAGAAGGAAAAAGAAGCCUUUGAGAGAAAAAAGGGAUUGACUAUGAAAGAGAGAGAUGAGUUUGAUCUGAUGAAGUCUGAAACCCAGGGACAAUUGGAGGAAAUGGAACAAAACAAACAAGACAUUCGUGUGGAGAAGGAAAAGCUGGAUCAGAUCAAAGCUGAGUUAGAAAGACGGUCUGAAGACAUAAAUCAGGUCAUGGAUGAGACAAGACGGGAGAGGGGGAAGGUUGAAGAACUGGCUAUCCAAACUCAAAAACAAAGAGAAGAAAUUGUGGGUUUAAUGGAAAAGAACAAAGAAAAGCAGAACGAACUGGAACUCAUGAAUGACAAGAUUGAAAGAGAGAAACAAGACAUCGAAGAAAGUCGGGAUGUGCUAACAAAGGAGAGAGAGGAGCUGGAACAAAUGAGGAAUGAGACACAGCAACAGAGAGAGGAGACAGAAUCUCACAUGGAAGACCAAAGGAAAGAGAAAGAACAUUUGGAACAAAUGACGAUGGACAUGAAAAAAGCAGUUGCUAGAGGUGGAUAAUGACAAGGAAAUGAUAGAAAGCUCAAUGGGUGAACUGAGAGUGAAAGAGGCAGAAAUGGUGAGAGAAAAGGAGAACAUGGAAAAGAAGAUGGCUAGACUCAAAGAGGAAGAGGAUAGAAUGCGGGAAGAAAUAGGAAGGAAGAUGGACAACUUAAAGCAGGACAGUUAUGAAAUCAAAAGACUUAGAGAUGAAAUUGACAGUGAAAAGAACCAACUGAAUGCAAAAUUGCUUGAG